GCUGUUUGUUCGGAGGCACCUGUGCAUGAGGAGAAGUUUGUUCUAUGGCCUCAGAGCUGGGCGCCAGGGAGGAUGGCAGCUGCUCAGAGCUGGCAAAACCCCUUUAUUUGCAGUACCUGGAGAAAGCUCUGCAGCUGGAUCAGUUUUUGCGACAGACGUCUGCUAUCUUUAACAGGAGUAUAUCCAGCGAUGAGAGUGAAGAUGGAUUGGAUGACAAUCCUUUGUUGCCUCAGUCUGGGGAUCCCCUGAUGCAAGUCAAGGAAGAGCCUCCAAACUCUUUGCUUGGGGAGCCUUCUGGAGCAGGGAAUUCUGGCAUGCUGAACACACAUUCCCUGAAUGGAGUACUGCAGCCAGAGCCAAAGUCUGAAAAAGGGAGCUUGUAUAACUUCUCCAAACUGAAGAAAAGCAGAAAGUGGCUGAAGAGUAUCCUUCUGAGUGAUGACUCCAGUGACACAGAUUCACCAAGUGAUGAGGAUGGAGAGGAGGAUGAAGAAUUUUCUCUUUCAAGGGAGGAACUUCACAAUAUGCUGCGAUUACACAAAUAUAAGAAACUGCAUCAGAGUAAAUAUAUUAAAGACAAAGAGUUGCAGCAGUAUCAGUACUACAGUGCAGGACUGCUGUCUACACAUGAUCCUUACUACGAGCAGCAGCGCCACCUGCUAGGGCCCAAGAAAAAGAAGUUUAAAGAAGAGAAAAAAUUAAAAGGCAAGUUGAAAAAAGUGAAGAAAAAGAGAAGGCGGGAGGAAGAACUCUCUUCGGAGGAGUCGCCACGUCGCCACCAUCACCAGACCAAAGUUUUUGCCAAGUUUUCUCAUGAUACUCCACCACCUGGGUCCAAGAAAAAGCAUUUGACUAUUGAGCAACUUAAUGCACGUCGGCGGAAAGUGUGGCUUAGCAUUGUUAAAAAGGAGUUGCCAAAGGCAUACAAACAAAAAGCCUCGGCCCGCAACCUUUUCCUAACCAACAGCAAAAAGCUUGCCCAUCAGUGCAUGAGGGAGGUACGUCGAGCUGCUCUCCAGGCCCAGAAAAAUUGUAAGGAAACUCUACCGCGGGCACGUCGUCUUACCAAGGAGAUGCUUCUCUAUUGGAAAAAGUACGAGAAGGUGGAAAAAGAACAUCGCAAACGGGCUGAGAAGGAGGCUCUGGAGCAACGCAAGCUGGAUGAGGAAAUGAGAGAGGCUAAGAGACAGCAGCGAAAACUUAACUUCCUAAUCACACAGACUGAAUUAUAUGCCCAUUUUAUGAGUCGUAAACGAGAUAUUGGACAUGAUGGAAUACAGGAGGAAAUCCUACGCAAACUGGAAGACAGCUCUACCCAAAGGCAAAUUGAUAUCGGUGGAGGAGUGGUGGUCAACAUCACCCAAGAAGAUUAUGAUAGUAACUAUUACAAGGCCCAAGCUCUGAAGAAUGCUGAGGAUGCUUACCAGAUUCAUCAGGCCAGG